AAUUGAAACACAGAAGAACACUAAUUUAUCCAAAUCGUAUGUGUCAGUUAUUCUUUUGCUCACAGAAAUAAAAUGAAAAUGAUGUUGCUGCUUUUCUUGUCACUGCUAUUUGCCUUGGCUUUAGCUAAUCAAGAAGUUGUACAAGUAGACCAAGAAGUUAUAAUCAGUGCACUAAAACAAUUUGAAGGUACUAAAUUUGUCUUGCCAAAGGACUUGGUGGAGAAAUUAAAUUCGAAAGUUGAAAAUAACGAUUUCAGAGCAAAUGGUAUUACCGCUGUAGUAGACGAUUAUGUGGAUAAAGUAUUGGUAUACAUCAGGAGUGCUAUCCUAAGAUCUGGUCUCGAUCCAGCAAAACUCGAUGACGCUACAUUAAAUUUAAUACCAACAGGAACGAUAGACUUGACGUCCGGAUGGUUGCAAGAUAUGUCAACUAUAGCAAGAGAUGGUAGUACUACGGUUGGGUACGAUUCCUCUACAAAGAUAAUGAGUGUUUAUUUACCAAUUAAAUUGAAUGCUUUAUUGGCGACCUAUAAAUAUCACACCAAAGUGCUACUACUUAGCAUUAAAGGAGAUGUAAACGGAAAAAUUGAAGACUUAAGGAUAAACGUAAAACUUAGUUUUGAUUAUACUACCUAUCAAGCAUCCCUUGACUUGUUCGAUAUUACGGAUAGUGGACGAAUUAGCCUUAAAUUUACUGGAAAUGAUCUGGUGGACUGGAUAACUAACACCAUGACUUCUGUGGUUUCACUUUUCCUACAUCCAAUUAUUAUUCGUAUAGUGCAGUCGAUUGUUAAAGGAGGAUUAGAAUCAACAGUUGAUGAAAUAAAUGAACUUUUAAAUAGCAUAUUACAUUCCUCAACAGCAGUUGAGGUUUUACUGUAAAGAAAAUUUGAAUGAAAUAAAUAAUUUGACUUUAAUCCAGUAAACUGAA